CGCGUUCGCUGCAACGUGAGACGUCGGCUUCGGCCAAGCAUAAGCCACAGCCCCCCGUCCUCUCUCGCGGUCUCGCCGGCGGCGGCCCGAGAGCCGAAGGGUUAACGGGCCGCCACCAAGAGACGCGUCCUAGAGGGCCCAGGAAGUGGCUCGGCCCGGCUUCCGGCCCCGCGCUCCUGCCCUCCCGCGCCGAGGGCGCCCGCGGAUUCCGGCCGGCGGUGUGGAGACUGGCCGCGGGGGGCCGAGGGAGCGACUUACGCACCAGAGGAACCGCCCCGAGAAGCGCAGCCGUCCGCCAGCGCCAGGGCCGGGAUGGCCGGGGAGUCGAAGGCGAGCGCGACCUUGGAUGCCGGCACUGCAGAGGAGCGGCCGGGGCUGCUGACGGGCAUCCUGACCGUGAAGGUGGAGGAGGAGGAGGAGGAGGAGGACGUCCCCACGGCCGCGCCCGGCAGCCCGGCCCCCGGCCCCGAGCGCUCGCGCCGGCGCUUCCGGGGCUUCCGCUACCCUGAGGCCGAGGGGCCCCGCGAGGCGCUGCGCCGGCUCCGCGAGCUGUGCCGCCAGUGGCUGAGCCCGGAUAUACACACCAAGGAGCAGAUCCUGGAGCUGCUGGUGCUGGAGCAGUUCCUGACCAUCCUGCCCGCCGAGCUCCAGGCCUGGGUGCGGGGACAGCACCCGGAGAGCGGGGACGAGGUGGUGGUGCUCCUGGAGCACCUGCAGAGACAGCUGGAGGCGCCGACACCGCAGGUCCCAGGUGGUGACCAGGGCCAAGAGCUUGUCUGUUGCGAGAUGGCAGCACUGACACCUUCCCGCGAAUCACGGAGUGCCCAGUUCCAGCCGGUGAGGGCUCUGCUCAAGCAUGAAUCUCUGGGAUCACGGGCCUUACCAGGCACAGUUCUCCAGGGUCCUGGGCUUGCCCCGGGAGGGCGCUGCAGAGGAGACGCAGUGGUGGCGGCCAGGCUGCCCCCAGAGCCCCAGGGCUUGCUGAAAACGGAAGACGUGGCCCUGGCUUUCUCCUCUGGCUGGGCGCAGCUGGAUUCCUCUCGGGGGAGCUUCCACGGAGAUGAAGGGCGGGAGAACCCCGGCGGCCUGACCUCCCCGGGUGGUGAAACAGAGGCCGAGAUCCGGGCCCUGCCUGUGGACGAGGUCCGGCCAGUACAAGAGGCUGGGGGAAUACCACGCCCCCUGCGUGAAGACACUGCCCAGAUUCCUGAAGGCACUGAAGCUGGCGAACAGGAGGGCAGGUUCCCGAGAAAGCAGAAAACUGCCACAGGAAUUAGGAGGCACUACUGUCAUGAAUGUGGAAAGAGUUUUGCUCAGAGUUCAGGCCUGACUAAACACAGGAGAAUCCACACCGGGGAGAAACCCUAUGAAUGUGAAGACUGUGGCAAGACCUUCAUCGGGAGCUCUGCCCUCGUCAUCCAUCAGAGAGUCCACACUGGGGAGAAACCCUAUGAGUGUGAGGAAUGUGGCAAGGUGUUCAGUCACAGCUCAAACCUCAUCAAACACCAGAGAACCCAUACUGGGGAGAAGCCCUACGAGUGUGAGGAGUGUGGGAAAACCUUCAGCCAGAGUUGCAGCCUCCUUGAACAUCACAAAAUCCACACGGGGGAGAAGCCGUAUCAGUGCAACAUGUGUGGCAAAGCUUUUAGGCGGAAUUCACAUCUCCUCAGACACCAGAGGAUCCACGGCGAUAAAAAUGUGCAGGAUCGUGAAUGUGCAGAGACCUGGGAGAGUCAGGGGAGGGUGGAAAGCCGGUGGGAAAACGUUGAGGCUCCCGCGUCUUUCACAUGUAACGAGUGUGACAGGAGUUUCACUCGGAGUAGAAGCCUUAUCGAACAUCAGAAAAUCCACACUGGUGAGAAACCCUAUCAGUGUGACACAUGUGGGAAAGGCUUCACCCGAACUUCAUACCUUGUUCAACACCGGAGGAGCCAUGUUGGAAAGAAAGUUCUAUCACAGUGAGCCACGUCGUACGUGCCAGAGUUGUUCAUUCCUCACAGAACUGGGCUGAGGCUUUACUGACCGCUACAUGCCAUCCUGUGUUAGAAGGCCGAGUCUGGAGGGAUGCAUUGUCUUCUACGUUCUAGAAGGUGGCUGGGAAACAGCUUGAUAGGAGGCUCUGGGAGAGUUGUCUGGCAGAGGUAGGACAUGAAAUGAUUGUUCUCACCUACUGGACUGAAAUGGGCCUCCAGACUGGCUGACCACCUCCAGCCAGCACUUGAUGACGUCUCCUGGUGAGAUGGCUCUGAUGUGGGGGCUGCUGCUCUGACCAUUUUGCCUAUAACGAAUGUUUCACCAGUUGGUCAGAUCUGUGCCAUAUUAUACUCCCCACUGUGCCAUGUGUGUAGGUGCUAUAAACGUUUAUUUAAUACACCAGUGAGGUGACCUCCAUAACUCUGAAAAUCUGAUGUGGUCUAGAUUUCUGAGGACUUUCUAAGGCUAUUUGUGUUUGUGUCUAAUUCUCUGAGGUUCUAGAUUCUGGGUCAGUCUAAUGUAUUUAUUACCAAAUACAUAGGGUUGUCAGAUUUGGGGUGGGAGAAUCCAUAUUUCUUCACCAGCAUAGUACUUGUAAGAAUGCCUUAAGCAGCUUGUAAUUAGAUUUGUGAGAUUGCUCCAUCCAUGUAACUCCAUUCUUUGGUCCGUAUUAUAUUUGUUCACAUUAAUUUUGCUCCUUUUAUGGGAUAAACCUUUCACGUUCUGGUAAAUAAAUGAAUUGAUCAAGUCAGAUCAAAAUGAUGAUGAAUUUUGAUAGAAA